AUGAAGGCAGGCUAUCAGCCGUACGGGCGUGUGAGCUCCCGCGGAGAUGUGCGCCGAGGCGCUGGGUGGGAUCUACGCGUGGCGGUGCUCAUGGUUUUCCCUGUAAUCUGUCUCGUCGUGGUGCUCUACGAGUUCCUCUACCUGCAGGAAUACGCGGCCAGUGGCGCCGCUGUGGAUGCCCCAGUCGAGGAUCGUAGUCUCCAUCUACGUGCUGACAAGGAGGCGGUGACGGCCUCCACGUCCGUCCCGGAGCCCACGGACCCACCGUCCAUCGUCAACGGGCGUAGCACCAUCAUCUUGGUCGCCAAUUACCGCGACUCAAAGAGGUGCUCGGAGACACUGCGCUCGAUUUUCGACAACGCGGUAGCGCCUGACAACCUCAAAAUAAGCAUCUACGAUCAGAUUUAUCCGGCGGAGAAAGAGCUCCAAUGCGUGGACGUCUUCUGCGAGCUUGUGGGUGAGGAAUACUGCCGGCGUUCGCAGAUCGUGUCGUCCCAAAUCGACGCUGUUAACGCAACGGGCCCCACUGCUGCGCGAUAUGAGACGGAGAAAGCCAUCACGGACGAAGAUUUCUGCAUGACGAUCGACUCCCACUUGGUUUUCAUUCCCAACUGGGACGAAAAGAUCAUAGCGCAGUGGGACUCGUUGGAGAACCCCAACGCCAUUAUAUCUGUGUAUCCAAAGUCUACCGAGCAUCUGACCAAGCACGAUGUGGACGACAAGGUGCAACUCAUGUGUAUGUCCCGCAUCGAGACGCAAGAUCCGGACUCCAUGGUGCAGUACGCGGCCCCCAUGUGGAUUAACAAAAAGGACACACCAAAGCCGCGACUGAUGUCACAGCUCGCUGGAGGAUUUAAUUUUGGCGGAUGCAAACAGGCGAAGGAGGUGCGCAACGACCCGUAUACACCGUAUCUGUUCCAUGGCGAAGAGUAUUCGCGCGCUACACGGCUCUGGACUGCUGGCUACGACUUCUACGUGCCUUCAGAAGACAUUGCGUAUCACUGGUACGAAAAGCGGAAAGUCGUGUGGGAGCGCGACUGGAGCGAGCGCUAUGUAAUACAACAGCCGUCCAAGCGCCGCAUUCGCUACAAUCUCGGACUCCCGGUCACGAAAGAGGAUUUCGAUCGCACAGAUCUGGAAAAGUUCACGCUCGGCACGAAGCGGACGUUCGAGCAGUGGAAAAACUUCUCAGGGAUCGAUCCGCUGGCGAAGUUUGUUUCAAAUACUGCUACCCAGUUUAACAACUGUCGUGAGCUUGAGUAUGUGCCGUACUAA